AAGCCCUAUGAAGCGGUAUAUAAGUCUAACUGCUAUUGCUAUUGCUAUUGUUUGGGCUGCCACCUAUUCAGGCCAACGCAGAUCACUAAGCAGGAAAUCGGCUCAGAGACCUAGGGGGUAAAGAAUCCUCUUGUGCCUUUUGCCCACCAGUUCUGUUAGCCUAGGCAGCUGAUUUCUGGCUGGGAGAGAUAGAAAACGAAUGGGGAGUGAAUCCUGAUGGAUAGCUUACUGUAAAGACUUAGUCAUCUGUCAAAAUCAUUGCCCGUCAUAGCACUGCUGUGAAGAAUAGCAGAUGGUUUUCCUGCCUGCUGGUGGUGUUGAGAAGGGGGUGGAUGGCAUCGUUCUGUGGCAGGGGGAUUUGCCUUGAUGGACUUGGGAUGAUGCAAUGGUUGCAAGAUUAAAAGUCCCCCUCUUGACAAAAAAAAUCAGGCUCAGUGUCACACAGACAUUGAGAAACUUCAUGCCUGAUUAAAGUACAUGUCUGUCUUACAUCUGAAAACGUAAAAGGGCAGAAGUGUUAAGUAAUGGAGGAAGAAGUUUGGCAUUCCUGGAGGUUUCCUACAGUGUGAAUGAAACACUCUAUGUGUCAAGGGAGAAAAGUAACAUAUACAUCGAUAAUUAGUAAGGUCAUCAUUUUUUCGUGUGACUGUGCAGUGUUGAUGGAAGAUUUCUCAUAUUUUCUUCUUGAGUUCUCAAGGCCUGGUCAAAACUAUUUUUUCAUCUCCCUGUCAGUGGACAAUGAUAUGUCAUAUGACAGCUAAUACUGAUUGUAUUCAGUUUCACAAUUAUAAAUAUACUUGUUCAUUAUUUCAGUUAAAUUGCUUUGCAGAAGUUGAGCUACAAAUAUAACCUGUGGCCUAGCAAUUUAAGGUCCAUGGGCCAUAUCUGAUUUUGAAGAUAUUUUAUUUGGUUUCUAAAAGUUCCACCCAAUUUAAGUCAGGCUGUGAUAAAGAUUUCAUUCAUUGGAUAAAUGGGAAGUGUCACAAAUUUGACUAGUCCUAUUUUUAUUGCAGUUUUUGUGUGGUAAUUAAUAUUAGCCACAUUGUAGGAUGUAUAGAUUUGGAUUGGACUAUACCACACUAGUCUGGGCUGGAAGUUGGAUUUUUUUAUUCAACUUCUCAAUCUAGGGCUGAGAAAGUAUUUGGCCAAAGUCAUAAAGACAGCUUUUCUGCCUCAGGGAGGACUACAGUCUGAUUUUCCCCACUCUCCCCUUGUUGAGCAUCGUAAUCACUACCAUACACAUGUACAUGCAUAUAUAUCAAUAUCUGGCCCCAGUCAGGCCAGCUUCAGAGUUGACUGUCUAUCUGUUGUGAUAGUUGUUUACAACCCUGUGCUAUCCAAAUGAGAUGGGUAGCAUGUCUGACAGGUGCUGGGAUGUGGAAGACCAUGCCAUGCUUUGCUUUAUAAUGCCAAACUUUUAUGGGACGCUGAUAGUCCUCUGAAUUCUUAUGCACUCAGUAAUGAAUGGCCCUCAGAUUUAGAGAAAUUGUCUAUUCAUGUAUAAAGCAUUAAAGGAAGGAUAAUUAUCUUUAUCUUUAUUUAUUGCAGACCUUUACUUUCCUGGAUGCAGCUCUAAUGUCAGUUGCCAUGGAGAAGAUCAAGGAACAGUUUUCUAGCCUUCAAAUAGCAAAACGGUGUUCACUACCAGAAGACCCAUCUUACUUAUUGGACAUAGAUAUUUCAAGAGCAGAAGGGAGCAAUUUAGUGGCUGUUUCCUGCUCCAAUACAUCAAUCAGAGUUUACAACAGGGAGACAUUGUGCUUGCUACAAGAAUAUAGUAGCCCUCCUGCAUUGCUAAGUGAUGUCAGAUUUGCACAUACAAAUGAAAAUAUAUUAUUUUCAGCUGGCAGUGAUGGAUCAUUGAAGUGUUGGGAUAUUCGUUCAUCUGCCGUGAAGCCUGCACAGUUGUUUUCUGGCUCUCCUUCCAAUGUUUUCAUUAGCUGUGAUAUAAGCUGCAAUGACCUUGUAGUAUGUGCUGGCACAGAAAAAGUGAAAGAAGAUGCAUUCAUAAUAUUCUGGGAUGCGAGAGGCUGCCCAAACAGUGCCUCUUCUAGCAAAAAGCCACUAGGUGUCUAUUCAGAGUCUCAUAACGAUGAUGUUACGAAAGUAUGUUUUCAUCCCAACAAACCACAUUUGCUUGCUUCAGGCUCAACUGAUGGAUUGGUAAAUGUGUUUGAUAUUAACAAAGACAAGGAAGAAAAUGCUCUGGUUUCCACUUGUAACUCUGAUUCUUCCGUAAGUUUUAUUGGAUGGGCUGGAAAAGAUUAUUGGCAGGUUUACUGCAUGACACAUGAUGAAGGGUUUUGUUAUUGGGAUCUUGCUGAGCUGGAUUCUGAAAAGUCAACUACAUUAUUACAUAUUCCAGACGUCAGAGAAGUAGAAAAUAUCAAACUGGAUUACUUAAUUGGGGGUGUUUAUCAUGAACAAGUGGACAAGUUGUUUGCAUUUGGAGGGAUGUCAACAGGAAGCAUUUGUCUCGUAGAGUGUUGUGCUCAAGGACUGAAUUCUGUGGGAAUACUUCAGGGAGGACACUCUGCUACCGUUCGUUCCUUCUGCUGGAAUAUGGUUGAUGAUUCUCUAUUUACAGGAGGAGAGGAUGCAGAGUUGUUGCUAUGGAAACCAGGAGCGGUAGAAAAAGCUAAGAAGACUUCUCUGAAAGCGGCUUCCUCUGUCAAUCAGCAAACAAAAGUUCAUCAACAUUCCUUGCAAACAAAAAAAAAGUAAAGAAAUGAAGAGUUCCAUUUUUAACACUUCUAAAGAGGUGUGUGUGUGUAUGUGCGUGUGUGUGUGUAGAACACAAAAGAGCGGUUGAAAUUUAAAGGCAAUUAAAUAUGGUAACUGUUGUGUAGACUAGAACCUAUUUUAUUUUGCACAAAAAUGUAUGCUGUAAUAAAUUUGUUUCUAUAGUGCAGCGAUACUUUUCCUGCUUGUAUGAAUUGAUGUUUCAAAAAGCUAUAGUUUUAAAAGGCUGAGUUUAUGCUUUCACCCUGAAUAUGUUUAUCCAUUCAAUUGAAACCAAUAGGGUCCAAUUGGGUAGGAUUGAUCGUCCAGUACAACAAAUAUACACAAGAAUGUUUUACUAUACAAUUUAUUAUUCAUAUAUGGCAUAGGGCCUAGCUAUCUAUAAAACCUGUUUUGUCUCACCACAUCAGUCUGUCCCACUCAUUCAGGCAGGGAAGGCAUGCUACAGAUGGGAUCAAGGAAGAGGGCCUGUGUUGUUGCUGCCUCUACUUUGUGGAACAUCUUGUCUUCAGAGGUGAGGGAAGCCCUUAAUCUCUUGGCCUUUCACAAAGGGUUAAAAUCUGGUUGUGUAGUCUUGCAUAGGGGACACAGUCCCACACAGCCAUGGGGCUGGUUGGCCCUAUGAGAACCCUCCUGCCUAUAUUAACAUCUUUUAGUCUCUCCAUCUUUUGUAAUUUUAUAAUGUUUUACAUUUUUAAUUGUUUUUAUCUUAAAUUAGAUGGUUUUUAAUGUUUUAUUAUACAAUGUUUAAAUUGUACAUCACCCAGAGCCCCUUUAUGGGGGAGAUGGGUGGUUAAGAAGUUUGAUAUGUAUAUAAGUAAAUGUUGCUUACUUGUAGUUUUACUUGUGUGUUUCAAUGAACUGCAUUUUUGCAAAUCAAUACAAUAUUGAUACAUAAAGGGAGGUGGGACUUGAAGCAGCCUUGAUGUGUAAUUGUGAAGAAAUUGCAGCAGAGAACUUGGUCCACAGGCCAUAUUUGAGGAAAAAUAGACUUAAGUUUUAUCUCAAUAAUCUUAAAAAAUGGAGUCAAUACUGAGGAGGAGGAGGAGGAGGAAGAACUGCUUAAAUAACCCGAUAAAGCAGACUACCCACGUCACCCAUCAAAAGAGAUCAAAUUAGUUAGAGAACAAUCAUGGUACUUGAGGAUACCUAAAAUGAGGCGUGAAUUGUAAUUAGGUUAUAUUGUAAUGUCCAUUCCCAGGUUCUAUAAA